UCUGUCCAUGGAUGUUGGUGUGUGUGGUUUGUGAGUGGAAAGAAGAGCAGACAGCAACACUGUGCUGACUGACCUAUGACCUCAUGUGUUGAGGACUCUUCACCUCUGUCUCCUCUCUCAUGGAGAAGAUGAUCUGCAGGAUCCUGCUGCUCAUCAUCCUCACCUCAUGUGUCUCUGGAUCAUUUGUAGUCAAUGUGACACAGACCUCCUAUCAGGCAGAGGAGAACCACAACAUCACACUGGAGUGGACGUUCACCACCAAACAUGACAGAUCCAACAAAACUCUCAACAUCCUCUGUGAACUUUUUAUCAGUCGUAUAUCCUCAGUCCUGUAUCAGGUUCAUGAAGGUGUUGAGGUGUCAGAGUCUCAAGAUGAAAAGUUUUCAGGACGAGUCCAGAGUGACAAAGACGCCCUCAAAGAAGGACGAAUCAGACUUCAACUGUCAAGACUCAGGACUGAUGACUCGGGUCUGUACCAGUGUGAGGUGAACACUGAUUAUGGCUUCGGCUCUGCCAGCUGUCGACUCAACGUCACUGGUAUGUUGAUUUAG